AUGUCAGUUUGGGGCAUGGAUGCUCUCGGACCAAUUGAGCCUGCUACCUCAAAUAGUCAUAGGUUCAUUUUGGUCGCCAUUGAUUAUUUCACAAAGUGGGUGGAAGCUGCUUCCUACAAAGUUGUGACGAAGAAAUUUGUGGUCAAUUUUGUUCGCAACAAUUUGAUAUGUCGUUUUGGAGUUCUAGAGUCUAUCAUCACAGACAAUGGAGAUAAUCUGAAUAGUUAUUUGAUGAAAGAGAUAUGUGAAAAAUUCAAAAUUAUCCACCGUAAUUCAAUUGCAUAUUGUCCUCAAAUGAAUAAAGUUAUGGAAGCUGCUAAUAAGAAUAUCAAGAGGAUAUUGAGAAAGAUGAUUGACAACUACAAAUGUUGGCAUGAAAAUUUGCCUUAUGCUUUGCUAGGUUGUCGCACCACAAUUUGA